AACCAAGGUCCUGGAAUGACUGUUGGGGAGGCGGCUGGAACCCAGAGCCUCCUUGGCUGGAACCAAGGUCCUGGAAUGACUGUUGGGGAGGUGGCUGGAACCCAGAGCCUCCUUGGCUGGAACCAAGGUCCUGGAAUGACUGUUGGGGAGGCAGCUGGAACCCAGAGCUUCCUUGGCCAGAAUCAUGGGCCUGGAAUCACUGUUGAUUUUGUAUCGCGUAGAAAACGGACUUCGAGAAAGAAAAUGGCACCUGUGGUCAACCAAUCGGAGUUGAAGAAACAGAGGCUGAUGAUGAUUGGCUCAGAGCAAAAUGGCUCUGUAAAUCCCCUAAAUGGCUCUGUUAAUCCCCAAAAUGGCUCUGUUAUCCAAAAAAAUGGCUCCAUUAGCCCCCAAAAGGGCUCCGUUGACCCCCAAAAUGGCUCCAUUGAGGGGGGUGAACUGCUCAAGACCAUCCUGAACGUCGUCCUGAAGGAGCGACUCGUCACGGGGAUCGACCGGCGGCAGAAGGUGGUUGACUUCAAGCUGCCCGCUGAGUUGGAGAGCCUCCUGGACCUGACCAUCCGGCGCGAAGGCCACCCGCUCAAAGAAGCCGACUCACUGGUCGGGGACGUCGUUUCCCACAGCGUGAAGACGCAACACCCCUACUUCUUCAACCAGCUGUACGGGGGCAUAGGGGAGGAGGCCCUGGCCGGGGCAUGGCUCGUAGAGGCCCUCAACACCAACCAGUACACCUUCGAAGUGGCCCCAGUCUUCAUAGUGGUGGAGCGCUACGUCAUAGGGGAGCUGAUCUCCCUCUUCGGGUGGGGGGCGGGCGACGGCAUCUUCGCCCCAGGAGGCAGCAUAAGCAACAUGUACGCGAUGGCAGUUGCCAGGUACCGCCAGAAUCCCGAAGUGAAGUGCAAAGGAGUUUUUGGGAUGAAACCGCUGGUCGCCUUCACCUCAGAUCAGAGCCACUACUCAAUCACCAAGAGCGCCCACUGGCUGGGCUUGGGCCUGGACAACGUGGUCACCGUCCCAACCGACGACCAGGGUCGAAUGACCCCGUCCGCCCUGAAGUCGGCCAUUGCCCGGGUUCGAUCCGAGGGACGGGAACCCUUCUUCGUCAACGCCACGGCCGGGAGCACCGUCCUGGGGGCCUACGACCCUCUGGGCGCCUUGGCGGAGGUUUGCGAGGAGGAGGGCGUGUGGUUACACGUUGAUGCAUGUUGGGGCGGGUCGGCCAUUGUGUCCAGGAAGCACAAACAUCUCUUGGACGGCAUAAACCGGGCCGACUCGCUGUCAUGGAACCCACACAAGAUGCUCGGUGCUUCUUUGCAGUGCUCCGUCUUCCUCACCAAACAUAAGGGGCUCCUCCACGAGUGCAAUUCAGCCAGGGCCACCUACCUCUUCCAGCAAGACAAGCACUACGACGCCUCCUACGACUCCGGCGACAAGAGCGUCCAGUGCGGCCGCAAGACCGACGCCUUCAAGCUCUGGUUCCUCCUCAAGCUCCAGGGGCUCGACGCGACGGAGGCCAAGGUCGACCAGGUCUUCGAGCUGUCCAGAGAGGUCAGGUCGCGACCCGGCUUCCGCCUGAUCGCGGAGCCGCAGUGCACCAACGUCUGCUUCUGGUACGUCCCGCCGAGCCUGCGGGGUCAGGAGGAGACCGGAGAAUGGUGGAUCAAGGUGUCGAAGGUGGCACCAGAGGUCAAAAAACGCAUGGUACUGGAGGGGUCACUGAUGGUGGGCUACCAGCCCUUGGCCAACAAGAGAUUGGUCAACUUCUUCAGGAUGGUCCUGACCUGUGGAGGUCAGGUCAGGACCCGGGCUGACAUGGACCACGCCCUUGACGAGAUUGAGAGACUGGGGGCUGACCUGUGAUUUGGCUGAGAGAGAGAGAGAGAGAGAGAGAGAGAGAGAGAGAGAGAGAGAGAGAGACUAGGGGCUAACCUGUUCUUUGGCUUAGAGAGAGAGAGAGAGAGAGAGAGAGAGAGAGAGAGAGAGCGAGAAAGAGAGAGAGGAGACUAGGGGCUAACCUGUUCUUUGGCUUAGAGAGAGAGAGAGAGAGAGAGAGAGAGAGAGAGAGAGAGAGACUAGGGGUUAACCUCUUCUUUGGCUGAGAGAGAGAGAGAGAGAGAGAGAGAGAGAGAGAGAGAGAGAGAUAUGUGAUUUAGUUAUAAGUAGAACUUUAUAUACGUACCUGCGUUGUUUAGGCUUAGCUCAAGGUUUAACUAAACCUUAUCUUGACACACUUGAAAUGACUUAAGGUUUAACGUAAGAUUUGUGGUUUAAAGGUUUAACUAAACCUUACCUUGACACUCCUGAAGUGGUUUAAGGUUUAACGUAAGAUUUGUGGUUUAGUUUUGAAUAAAAAAACAGAUCUUGACGUAACUCUACGGGGUUUAGUUGUACAUAAAACAUGAGUUUACAGACCUGUAUACCGUUUAAUGGUUUAGUUCUAAGUUUAGUGUUAAGUAAAUUCUGAAGCUUCAUUCCGAGUAGAACCUUUUAAGGUUUGUGUAAAAAUACGUUUGACAUAUUUCCAAUGUUUCGUUUUUAAUUAAAACACAUUUUAUACCCUCUAGGUUUAAGUAAAACCUAAUAAUAAAACUAUAAAACA